GUUAGCUAUGGCUAUAAUGUGUUUAUAGGCAACUGAUGGACAACAAUGGGAAGAGUGGUGAGAAUGUACAUACAAUGCAGAUCUCUGUGUCAGCUCUUGCCACAGUCACUGUCUCAGCACACUCUACAUUGUGGUUUAUGCUGAGGAAGUGCCUCGGAGCCGCAGUCUCUUUCUCACAGUCGACGCGCUCACUGAGAACAGCAGCAGAACAAUGUCUGAUGCCUCAAGUACUGAGAGAGAGGCCCCGAGACACAGCCCCAGAGAAGUAACUGCAGUGAGACAAGCUCUGAGAGACAGCUACGCCAACCUGCACAAUGUUGCCGACUACUGUGAGAAGAACUACAUGGAGGCCUCUGACAAGAAAAAGGCAUUACAGGACACCAUGUCACUUGUCACUCAGACACUGGCCAGCGUGGCCUCUCAUGUAGGGAUGGUGGCCCGAGAAAUGCUGCUGAUAUUGCAAGAGCAGAGCCAGAUCCUUCACCAGCAUGAGAACAACGUGUGGAACAUCUCACAGAAGUUAGAUAUUCACGUGGAGAAGGCCUCCCGCCAGAAAAUAGGGUCUCUGGCAUCCAGAAAGAAAAGGUUGCAGGCUCAGAAAAUACUGACUGAGGGGAACCAAGCCCCACACCCGGCGUAUACCAGGAUUCCAAUCAAUUUUAAAAGCCUGGAUCAAACCGGUCAUGGAAUUACGGAAUCUGACUGCCAGCUAUCAAAAACAGGAACCAUGUCUCGCAGGGCUAGUUCAAAAUCACUGGCAAACUCACAGGGUACCCUGGGGAGAAGUCUUCGGAUUAUAGACCCAGUUCUUGUACCACAGAUACCUGAGAUGACACCUCCAUCUACCCCACCAGUUUGGAACAGCACUUCUCCACUUGUGGACACUACAAUCAUGGAACUUCUUCCUCCCCCGCCUCCUGUUUUCCCUCAGGAAUCUUACCCUCUUCUUCAGGGAGAAAACCACAUAUCAAAAAGCAUUUCCAAUUUUCCCGACUUCAUCUCAGACCUGGAAUUCAGUGACUUUCCUCCUCCUCUGGCCUCUAAUGACACUGUCGGAAUUCCCAGCCUCACCUCAGUGGAAGCCUACGAUUCUCUCCUGGAUUUCUUUGAUCCCGGACUCCUUCCCCCCCCGGCUGAUGAGGAAACAAAUAAUACAUCUUGGGCAGCAGACUAUGAGCCUCAAUUCCCAUUUUAUCCAGAAUCAAUGGAAAUCCUUCCUCCUCCUCCUCCAGCAGAUAUUUAGCCAGGGCUUCAAAGUCCGUUCAACGGAUGGUCAACCACAGAUACUGUACGGAAUUGAUUUAUUGGCCGACCUUCAGGGGACGAUUGCCCCAGCGCCGGCGGUUAAAUGAAGAACGCAGAUUGAAAUGUUCUGAAAGACCAAAGACACCCACCCCCCGGCUCAUUUGUUUCAAUGCACAACAAUCUUCUACUGAUUCCACCAAAAGACAAUUUCACUGAAGGCGAUGGAUCUUUCCAUGGUUGAGCUUUUGCCCAUAAACCCUUGUCUUGACGUGAUUCUGUUUCUUCAUCCUACCACACCAUGCCAUGUCUGUGCACUACUUAGAUGUAAUAUGUUCAAUUAUUAUUAUUAUUAAAAUAAAAUAGUCCGAUCAUUAUCAUACAAUAAUA